UUAUGUAACGCGGAAAUGCUGCAGGUCGCACUGAAGUCACGUGAGGAUUUAUUUUCACGAUGCAUUCGUUGCAAGAUCCAGACACAUUUGGCACAUUUAAAGCGUAGAAAUCGGUGUCUCUUUUCCAGUUGAAACGCAAAAGAGUUGUUGACAUGGAUGAGGACGGAUUACCCAUUGUGGGAUCUGGAGUAGAUCUUACAAAGGUUCCAGCCAUUCAGCAGCGAAGAAUCGUAGCUUUCCUGAAUCAGUUCAUCGUCCACACCGUCAGGUUCCUGAACCGGUUUUCCACAGUAUGUGAGGAGAAACUAGCAACAGUAUCACUACGAAUCCAGCAGAUUGAGACCACACUGAGCAUUUUGGAAGCAAAGUUAGCCUCUAUCCCUGGUUUGGAAGAAGUGACAGUGGAUGGAGUGAGACGGUCUACAGAGACAAACGGCCCUGCAGCGGGUGGCAGUGAUGCCACGGGCCCCCCUUCAGGUCCUCCUGUUGAGGCAUCUCAGCAAGCACAAGUGGCCCCUCAGGAGCAAAAGGCAGAGGCCCCAGCAGAAAACGUGAUAACUGUAGCCAAGGACCCACGAUAUGCCAGAUACCUGAAAAUGGUGCAAGUGGGUGUUCCAGUCAUGGCCAUUAAAAAUAAGAUGGUAAUGGAGGGUUUGGACCCCGGUUUGCUUGAUACCCCUGACGCACCUGUUCCAGAUAGUGGCAAAAAAGGAUUGGAAAAGCAAGAUGAUGACAGCUCAGGCAGCGAAUCAUCUUUCAGCGACUGAUUGGCUAUCGCAGCCAAUGAGCUUUCUGUAGGACUAGCCUGUGUAGGCCAUCAUGAGCCUUGCUCAUCUCAAAGCAGGGUAAAAUGCACUUGAAUGUCCUUAUAGAGGACAGACACUUAGUGACUAAGGCUGUGUUACAUCUCGGAGACUGCAUACUUGACAUCUAUAGUGUUGGUUUCUGAGGGCAUUUUCUCACUCGGUGAGAUCGCUAAUGAUUGUGAUGAUAAUUGGUCCAUUUAAGUCUGUACUACUAAGUACUACUCUCAUGUGAAUUGUCAUAACUAUCUCAUCUCUUGCUUGACAUGUACAUGUUAGAUGCCUAAUAUGUACAUCUAAUAACAAUAAAAAGAUGCCAGUGAGUGUUUUUAUGAAAUAGACACAAGCAGGCUUGCAAACCUGUUCAUAAAUAAAGCGUAGCUGAGUAAAAGUUUUUUUUUUGUAAAUUCAUCUUUAGUUGCAAAAUCACAUCAAAAUAUUUGAAUCACAGUAAUAUUAAUAACAAAAAUUACAUAAAGCCCUAUUUG